GUUCGCCAGAAUUAGCUGAAAUAUCUUUCGCCAUGAAACUGUUGGCAGGCCUUCUGGUGCUGAGCGUGUUGGCCGCUGUGGCCACAGCGACCACCCCCACGUGUCCCGAAGAUGACGGCGCCACGCCCGUCUUCUAUCCAGACGACACGGACACACACGGCUUCUGGGAGUGCAGCAACGGCAAGGCUGUCCACAUGCAGUGCCCUGCUGGACUCGUCUGGAACGCCAAUAUCAACGCCUGCGACUGGCCGUCCUCGAGGAAGUAGAAGAUGCGAGCUUGCCCCGUUACCAAUAGAUGUUUGCUAAGAAAACCUUAGAAUAAAAUCUGCGUGUCUUAUGACUGUGGCUGAUAAUUUACUAUCUGUAUUUCCUAUGCUACCAUUGAAUGUAAUUAUUAUUACGUUUGCAAACAUAUUAAUUCAUAAUAAAUAAGUGUUGCACAAUA